GCCACACACAGAAUCCGGGGCCGGGAACUAUCGCUUGCAGUGUUUGUUAAGCUGAAAUCGCUUUUCAAUUUUGGCUGCUUUCAGUGUUCCACCUUUCCAUCUUUUGUGGCACGUUAGUGUCUUUUGAGAAGAUAACUCUUAUAUUUUCUAGGUUUUUUGGGGGGUAGUAAGUGGGUCAUAAUUGUAAAAGAGAGACUGACGUUUUUCUCCUCUAAUUUGUCGCAUCUCUCACUUCUGGACACGCUGGUUUGUGUCAGUUCAAGUUCACGUCAUGUUGCAGUUAUUGAGACCUGUUGUCUAUUUUUUCUUUCUGCUAUUUACCUUCGUUGCAGCCUCAGACGUACUUGAAUUUACUGAUGACGACUUCGAGAGCGGCGUCGGGCAACACGACCUCGUUCUUGUUGAGUUCUUUGCGCCCUGGUGUGGACACUGUAAGCGACUGGCCCCCGAGUAUGAAUCUGCUGCUACAAAGCUGAAAGGAAUUGUCCCUCUGGCAAAGGUUGACUGCACUGCAAACUCAAACACCUGUACAAAAUAUGGAGUGAGUGGGUAUCCAACAUUAAAAAUCUUCAGAAGUGGUGAGGAGUCUGGAGCAUAUGAUGGUCCUCGGACAGCUGAUGGCAUUGUUAGUCAUUUGAAAAAGCAGGCAGGACCUGCCUCAGUUGAACUUAAAUCCAUAGAGGCACUUCAGAAGUAUGUCGGUGACAAGGAUGCAAGUGUAGUAGGUUUUUUCAGUGAUGCUAGCAGCUCUGAUCAAGCAGAUUUCCUGAGGACAGCAAGUGCUUUGAGAGAGAGUUACAGAUUUGGCCACACAAAUGCUCCUGAGCUCUUGGAGAAGUACUCCAUAGAUAAUGCGGGCGUCCUCUUGUUCCGUCCUCCACAACUGGCAAACAAAUUUGAAGACACUGCAGUUGUAUACCCAGAUAACCAGUUUACCAACAGCAAGCUGUCAAAAUUCCUUAAGGAGAAUGUUUUUGGAAUUUGCCCUCAUAUGACUGAAGAUAACAAAGACCAACUACGAGGAAAGGACCUUCUCGUGGCAUAUUAUGACGUAGACUACGAGAAAAAUCCCAAAGGUUCAAAUUACUGGAGAAACAGAGUUAUGAAGGUUGCCAAGACCUUCCUAGAUGAGGGGAAGAAGCUGAACUUUGCAGUGGCCAACCAUAGAACUUCCAGUCAUGAACUCUCAGAGUUUGGCAUGGAGAGUGUAUCUGGAGACAUCCCUGUUGUGGCUAUUCGUACAGCAAAGGGAGUUAAAUAUGUAAUGCAAGAAGAAUUCAGCCGUGAUGGCAAAGCAUUGGAACAGUUCCUGCAGGAUUACUUUGAUGAAAAAUUGAAGCCGUACAUGAAAUCUGAGCCUGUUCCAGAGAAGAAUGAUGGUCCAGUUAAGGUGGUAGUUGCACAGAAUUUUGAGACUGUUGUAAAUGAUGCCAACAAAGAUGUGCUGAUUGAAUUCUAUGCUCCGUGGUGUGGCCACUGCAAGAACUUGGAGCCAAAAUACAAGGAGCUGGGAGAGAAGCUGGCAGAUGAUCCCAAUAUUGUGAUUGCCAAAAUGGAUGCCACAGCUAAUGAUGUGCCUCCACCUUAUGAAGUUAGUGGAUUUCCUACAAUUUAUUUUGCACCAGCUGGUAAAAAAGAGACUCCAAAGAGAUACGAGGUUUGUAAGACGAGGUGCUUUUGAGGCUCAUGAAGGAGA